AUUCUCCAGCCGUGGAGAAACAGUCCAACUAAUGAAACUGAUUAUCUGACUUGGAAGAAAGGCUGACCAACUAACCUCAACUAAUGGAACUAUUUUUCCAUAUAGCAAUUUCAAUAUCAAUCCCAAAUAGAUCCUAUUAACACAGUUAAUCUCAGAGCCUAGAGAUUUCUCAUUGCUGAAGUAAUUAGUUAGCUCAACUAAACAUUUGAUAACAAUGAUAAAUGAAGGAACAAAUUAGAAGUUUCCACUUAAAGCAAUCUCUAUACAUAAAUACCUAAAUAAUGCCUUUCUCCUUCAUUGCCUCCAGGUCUCUGUACCUACAUUUUCUCAUUGCAGCUCUUCAAUGAAGAAACAUUUUAUCUUUCGUUUCUGUUAUGCUCUGUUCUGCUUCUUAUAUUCAUUUACAGAGGGUGAGGCACAUAGACAGCAGCAUGAUCAUCAUCACCAUGAGCAUGGGUCAGUGAAGCUUUUUGUUUUUGGAGACUCGUAUGCUGAUACUGGAAACUGGGACAAGUCUGCUAUUUCGUGGAAAGAGCCUUACGGGUUCACUUUUCCUGGUAAACCGACAGGUCGUUUCUCCGAUGGCCGUGUUCUCACAGAUUAUAUAGCCUCAUUUCUGGGAAUAAAAUCUCCAUUACCUUUUAGAAUGAGGAAAACCACAAGAAAAUCUCUUCUACGAUUUGGAAUGAACUUUGCAUAUGGCGGAACUGGCAUCUUUGACACUUUAAACAAUGGACCAGAUAUGUCUACCCAAAUCAAUUAUUUUCAACAGCUACUUGAAGAAAAUGUGUACACCAAACAAGAUCUUAACUCUUCCAUCGCGCUGGUAUCUUUAGCAGGCAAUGACUACAAUACUUAUCUUUAUAAAAACGGCAACCUUACGGACUUGCCAGAUUUCAGUACCUCACUUAUCAAGCAACUUUCCUUGAAUCUGAAAAGAAUCCAUGGUUUGGGGAUGCAAAAGAUAGCAGUUACAGCAUUGCAGCCAAUAGGAUGCUUGCCUGAAUUGGCUGCCUCAUCUUCAUAUGAAAAUUGCAGUGAAAAUUGGAAUUCUGCCUCCAAGCUCCACAACCAGAUGUUGGAGAAAGCAGUGCAGAAACUCAACAAUGAAACCCAGAAACCUGUUUUUGAAAUUUUGGAUCUCUUUAGGGCUUUCAUGUCUGCAUUCGACAAAGCACAACAUGCAGGAAGCUUGAACUCUGAAAGUCCAUUGAAGCCAUGCUGUAGGGGUGUGACAAGUGAUUCCUCAUGUGGGGAGAUGGACAAAAGUGGGUCAAAAAAGUAUGACAUUUGCAAAAACCCAGAGUUAUCUGUGUUUUGGGAUAUAGUUCACCCUUCUCAGAAUGGUUGGUACCAAGUUUAUUUGGCUCUUCAAUCUUCCCUUCAUCACCUCUAUUAGGAAUUCACAUAUUAUUAUGUCAAAAGCCUCUGACGUGCACUUACUGUAUAUGCACUUGGCCAAUAAGAUGUGAUUAGUUAUGAAAUCUACUGUAAUUUCAUCUAGUUUACUAUUCAUUUAUUAGCCAGUAUAUGGACACCGAGUGUGUAUAAAAUUUUCUCUUAUUAUGAAACUUUCUCAUGCUAGAAACUUGCAAUUAAAUACCAAAAUUUC